AUGUCCACUUCACACUCCUUCCCCGCCGCCUCGCCGUCGCACCAACAGUCGGCUCUGUACGCAAACUCGCCCCACGGCCACGCCCUCAUGGCCGCCCCUGCUGCCUUGAAUCGCUCCUUUUCCGACAUGAGCGCCUUCCACCACCAUGCCAUGGAUAAGCCUCAGAUAUAUACCGCCGUCUAUUCGGGCGUAUCAGUCUACGAAAUGGAGGUUAACCGUGUCGCCGUCAUGCGCCGCCGCUCUGACGGCUGGCUUAAUGCUACUCAGAUCCUCAAGGUUGCCGGCGUCGAUAAGGGAAAGCGCACAAAAGUAUUAGAAAAGGAGAUUCUUACCGGCGAACACGAAAAAGUACAGGGCGGUUAUGGAAAGUACCAAGGCACAUGGAUCAACUACCGCCGCGGACGCGAAUUUUGUCGCCAAUACGGCGUCGAAGACGUCCUGCGUCCGCUUCUCGACUAUGACAUUACCCUCGAUGGCAGCCAUGCACCGGGUCACGCCAUAGAAACCCCUACAAAAGAACAGGCCAUGGCUGCCAACCGUAAACGCUUCUACACACAAAGCAUCGAUGGCCGCACCACUACCCAAAAUCUCACAGGCACCUUUUUCAGCAAUAUUUCGUCGACGGCCACGAGUGCCCUUGCAGCAAUGAACAAGGUUGCGCGACUCAAUUCACCUGCUCCCCGACCGUCUUCUUCGUCUCAGAGGCGCACAAGCGCCACACGCCCGUCGCAGUCACAACCUCCUCUCGCCAGCCAAGAUUCAUUUCGCACAAGCAGCCAACAGAGCAUUACCUCGGAACCAAGCUUCGCCGGACACAAUGGCCAAACAGAUUCCGCCUAUGCCACUGCCGUCGAUGAGUCACAGGAACCACCAAGGAAGCGCAUUCGGGCCUCGCAUGACGACUCCUAUUCCCAACCUACCGCAGCAGACAUGUCAAUACAUCCUCUAAGCUCGCCAACGGAGCCAAGUGAGAGCUUCGACCAGCACCAUCCCGCACAGCCCAUUACUCUUGCAGACGGCGAUGUCCCCACCGCUUUACCGCCACUACCGUAUCCCGACACCAAGCAAGAUGAAGAGAAACAGGCCAUGUUGACGGAUUUGUUCGCCGAUCAGACGAGGUCGGAUUUCACAAACCAUCCCGCCAUAUUACAUCUCUCCGGCCCGGAUCUCGAUAUGCCCAUCGAUAACUCCUCAAAUACAGCCCUCCAUUGGGCGGCAACGCUGGCCCGCGUCUCGCUGAUCCGACUACUGGUAUCCAAAGGAGCAAACAUGUUUCGAGGAAAUGCUUCCGGUCAGACUGCUUUGAUGAGUGCAGUUUCGGUGAACAAUAGCCUGGAUCAUAGCUGUUUCCCGGAAACCCUAGAAAUUCUGGCCCCAUUGAUCGAGCUACGCGACUCCCAAGGACGAACAAUAUUACAUCACAUUGCGGUCACGUGUGCUAUCAAAGGACGUGCAGCCUCGAGCAAAUAUUACCUUGAGGCACUCCUUGAGUAUCUUGUCCGCAGUAACAUUGGUGGCGGCCAACCACCUCCGUUUCAUGAUACCAGCAAUCACUCUAAACCUAUCGGCUUAAUGAGGUUUAUGCAAGAAAUGGUCAACGCACGGGACAAAGCUGGCAACACGGCCUUGAACUUGGCAGCACGGAUAGGCAACCGCAACAUCAUCUCUCAACUCAUGGAAGUUCAGGCCGACCCCACCAUUCCGAAUCAUAAAGGCACGAGGCCAAUGGACUUUGGAGUUGGCACCGACUUGGGUGACGGACAAGGGAUCAUCACAGCGACCAGUCCCACAAAGGCCAAGGCGCCGCUGAGUAAAGCUGAAGAAACGAGCCGAGAGAUACAACCUUUAAUGAGUGGCAUCCUCCAGUCAGCGUCCCUGCAGUUUACGCAAGAAGCGCGUCUAAAACAAGAUGCGAUUGACCAGACUAACGAGCUUAUCACACAGUUAUCCAGUCAGCAGAAGCAAGAGCAACAAAAGUUACAAACACUUCGUGCACGCUUACGCCAAAGACAAGAUCGCGCCAAACGGAUAUCGAAUCUUAAACGAUGGCUGGAACCCCAACGACACAUGCUUUCAGUCAACGACGGUGCCAUUGAUUUGCACGAUAAGAAAAGAAUCGGGUACGCUGAUACCCAAGGUGCAGGUUUGCUCAUCAAAGAAGACGACCUUCCCUAUGAGCUUCGACAAGCAGGGGACCACCUGGAUAGGCGUGCCUCUGAUGGUCCAAUCUAUCUGUCGACGUCCGUACCUUUGGACCCAUCUACGCUCAGCCAAGUGUCGCAUCAGCCCCAAUGCCAGAAUUUCCUUCUCCAACAAUUACCAGCCGCGUCUGUUCUUCGGCAGCGGAUCGAGACGUACACUGCUACGAACACGGCGCUUCUCAAGCGUAGCAGAAUGUUGAAAGAAAAGGACGGACAGCUGGAGAUGAUGUAUCGCAAAGUCGUCAGCCUAUGUACAAAGGUAGAAGAAAACCGAAUCGAAGAGUGUCUCGAAGGGUUAGUGGCGGCCUUGGACAGCGAAGAAGGCGAAGGCGUCGAAGUUGGCCGUGUAAGAGAGUUUUUGAGAAAAGUCGAGGGUGUCGACUAG